AUGGAACCAGGUUAUAGCUGGCAUACGUCGGGACCGUCCAAGCUUUUUUCUGAGACAUUCAAGAGGCCUUUUGGGAUAGGAGAGAAUGAAGUUCUUGACAAGACACUUAAACAGAUCGAACGCAUGACAGAGACCACCGAUGCUGUUGCUAUUGAGCGUUCCAUACAGUGUUUUACCCAUGUUCAUUUUAAUGAGAAGCUGGCGGUUCUGAGGCAGGAGUCUGAAGUCUUCAUUCUACUCUCUCAUGCCGGCUCGGAUGCUGGCACACCGUUGGAGGUGAGUGCAGGCCACGUGAAACAGGUCGUUCCAAGACCAACCCUCAAAGGGUAUGCGAAAAGAAGCCAUAUUCUUAUCAGCACUCAUAUGAAUAACAUUUUGACCGAUAUCCUCGACUUUGUGGGUUCGAUAUGA